AUGAACAGAGUCCUUGAUGGCCUUAGCUCCCUCAAUAGCCAGUAUGACAUUCUUGUCAUGGGUGAGUCGGGCGUCGGGAAAACUUCCCUCGUGCAACGAUAUGUGAACGGCACCUUUUCAGAGGGUCCCCACGAUCAGUCAGAACAGUUGUAUAUAAAAGCUGUUGAUAAUGAAAAGGCUGAAACUAUUGCAUCUACAUCUUCCCAUAACUCAUCUUUGACGGAGAUUUCAAUCCUUGACUCAUCGCCUUUGGCAGAUGUCUAUGGUGCUUCCAGAAAACAGCAAGUUAAGAACACAUCAACGAUAUUGUUUGUCUAUGCUAUGGACAAUAGAGAGUCUUUCGAGGCUUUAGAAUACUUGAUUGGCACAGUGAAAACCCUCUGUGAUGGCGAACUCCCGCCUUUUGUUGUCGCUGCUGCUAAGCAUGACAUGUAUGAAUAUUGCCAGGUUUGGUACGACGACGGUGAAGCUAUGGCUAACCGUUUAGGUGCUAUUGGCUUUUUCCUGGUUUCCGCUCUUUCAGACAUUCACGUUAACGAUACUUUUGCUCCCUUGGUGGAAGCUGCUCUCGAAGCAAGAAACAAUAGAACAGCUUUGGCGAGUCGUUCAGAGGCUUUCUCAGUUUCUGAGGCUCUUCUGGAAUCUCCAGCAAGCUCUUUAUACGAAGUGAAGCAGGAAAAGGCAUUUAGCUUCCGCAGACCUUCCAAGAUACCCACCUCAGCUCCUUCUAACCAAGGAAGAGAUAACCAGGCUUCCGCUAACUUGCCUGGAGUUGAAUCUUUCUCGAGUGAUUUCCCACAAGUCCCCGAAUCUAGCUCUGAAGCAACACCGGCAGAAAGCCCUGCUGUUCAGGAGAGGCUAGCCACGAAAGAAAACUCAUCAUCAUCUAUUUCAACUGGAUCUUACCCUUCAAAGCCAAGAGCUUACGAGAAAGCUAAAAAGCCAAAGAAGGAGAAGUCUAGCUGCUGCAUUAUUACAUAA